AUGGCGUCUCCUGUUGUUGCAGUUGCAGUCUCUCCCAUCCGCUCGGCUCGCUCGACUCCUGCGAGGCGGCGUCAGAUCACACCGUCUGCCGAGGCAUCAUCAUCCAAGCACUCACUCAUUCUAACCACCCCGAGGAAGAAGCCAUGGAACCUAUUUCUAGGCGGCGCUCUUCCAACUCAGCCAUACUUCGCACCGAGACAACUGUUUCCUCAAGGUGCUGCCACUGUGGAUGCCAUACAAAAUUUGCAUGCUCAUCCGCUUGCUGCGCCUACACCUCAUCAAAACAUUGGAAGACAUGUCCUACUACCAUUCGACCUGAGAGACCGUACAAUUUCACUGGACCAUGAAGAUAUCCGACCCGUGCUCUACAACGUCUUUCCCGGCACACUCAAUGUCGCUGAGGGCCGACAGCGUUCAGUUCUGCUUUUCCAAGUCGAGAAGCUUCCCGAGAAGCCGUGGCCUUUGACCGUUGGGGGUGUUCCUGUCACUAUCACUGAUGGCACAGAAGGACGUGGUCCAUUAUUCCCUAAACAAAAAUUGGUGGCAUCCAACAUCCAGAUUUGCUCCCACUUCGCCGAGCAGGACCUGUCAUCUAGCAUAGUUCUCAGGAACUUGGUUCGAGAGGUCAACGAGUUAUUUCAGAAGAAUCUCCCCGGAGUUCGUCUCCUGGAGUUCAUGUGCACAAAAGAUGAAACAUUCUACGCCAUUCUCGCGAACGAAGUCUCUUUGAACGCUAUUCGUGAUCAGUUACCUGCCCGGAUUGCCAAUCGUUUGGUGGGAUACAUGCGAGACGAGGAGCUAGGGCGACCGCAAUGGGCGGAUCUACCAGCAAAGAGACUCAUCAAUCCGCGUCCAACGGAGGGCAUAAUCGAUGAUACCCCGUACGAUGUACUGAGACCUGGUGUUAUCAUCUGCAGCCAGACAUUCAAAGACAACGCGCACCCAGCAUGGUUCUCCACAACUUCCGGCGUCCAGGUCGAGAAUUCAGCAGGCGACCGGUUCAUGACUGCAGCUUCGCACGGAAUAGGGGUCAACGAACGUGUUUGGCAGAUUGCGUCUCAGGGAAUGCAGAAGCUGCUCGGCAAAGCUGUUCAAGAAAUCUCGUUCACUGAUGUCAGCUUGGUGCAGUUGGAACAGGACAUUAUCUUCACGAACGAGACUUUUGAGAACAGUGCUGGGGAAGUCCCACGAUUCACAAGACUCUUUGGUGAGGAUCCAACAAGGGAUAGGAUUGUGGGCGGGAACUGUUACUUGAACAGCCCUUACACAGGCAACAUGGACGGGGUUGUGGUGAUGAAUUCCAUCAAGUUGGAGAGAUCCUCGCAUCCUACAGAAGAUGCACUGAGGUAUGUCCUCUACAAUUGGGCGUACAUGGGCCAGGAGGAAGGAGAUCCUGACAAAGAGCGGCCACCUGACGGGACAUGUGGUUCGGUGAUUUGGGACGAUGAUGGUGUUCUUCUCGGAUUUUACCGUUACUACAUUGCAAAGGGUCCGUUCGCAGGGUUUGCUGCGGCGGUAAAUGCAAGCGAAGUAGUGAAUGCCGGGUAUCGCCUGGCCAGAUAA